GCUGUGUACACUGAGCACAGGCAGGACCGGCUGCUGGAAAACACUUGGGUUUUGCACCAUGGCUUCUCCUAGCAAGGCAGUUAUUGUUCCUGGGAACGGGGGUGGGGAUGUGGCCACUCACGGCUGGUAUGACUGGGUGAAGAAGGAGCUGGAGAAGAUAUCUGGUUUCCAGUGUUUGGCUAAAAACAUGCCUGACCCAAUUACAGCUCGAGAGAGCAUCUGGUUGCCCUUCAUGGAGUCGGAGCUUCACUGUGAUGAGAAGACCAUCAUCAUAGGCCACAGUUCUGGGGCCAUUGCAGCUAUGAGAUAUGCAGAAAUACACCAAGUAUAUGCCAUUGUACUUGUGUCAGCAUACACAUCAGACUUGGGGGAUGAAAAUGAGCGUGCAAGUGGAUACUUCAAUCGCCCCUGGCAGUGGGAGAAGAUUAAAGCCAACUGCUCUCAGAUUGUGCAGUUUGGAUCCACUGAUGAUCCUUUCCUUCCCUGGAAGGAACAACAAGAAGUGGCAGAUCAGCUGGAAGCCAAAUUGUACAGAUUCACUGACCGUGGCCACUUUCAGAACACGGAAUUUCAUGAACUGAUUAAUGUUGUAAAGUCUAUGCUGAAAGUAUCAGCAUAGACAGGAUGGUUUCUGCUAUUUUGCAUGUCAGUAUAGAGACAGCUAUUAUCAGAUUACUGGUAGCUAACAAUUGUCUAUUAUCAGGUGGUUACUGCAUACAAAUUAAGUUCUAAAACUGCCUUAAGAACAAACACAGAUUUCAGUGUUCAAACUAAGUUACAAAUAGCAUUUUCAUUUCCUAUAGAAUUGAUGUCUCUCCAAAUUUCUAUAAACUAAAUAAAACUUUUCCUAUUUAAUAGGGAACAUUAAGGACAGCAUAGCCACCCUUUUCUAUCCAAAGUAAUACAGAAAUGGAUCCAAGGUUUUUUUUGGAUUCCUACUUCAAAUUAAAACUAAAGGUUGUUGGGACCAGUAAAAUAGCUCACCAGGAAGGGUACCUGUUUUGUACAUGUGUGCAACACAGGUUCAAAUCCCAGUUCUACCAUAUAGGAGCACUACAACAGUGUGGGAAACUUUGGUGCUGUUAAGUUUCUCCCUCUCUCUAAAAGUGAGUCCGGUGUGGAGAAGGACCAAUGAUGACACAAUAAAACUAAAUCUAAAUAGGUUUCAUGCAUGCUAUAGGAGUUGCAUUUCCCUUUGAUAUAAAACUUAUCUGUUUUAUUGAGCAAAGAGAAACAUGUUUAAAGGUCUAGAGUUAGCUUGAAGUUCAAAACACUAGCUUCUGUUUUAAGCUGGCCCAGGAUUAAGCCCUAAUUUACUGUUCAGAUCCGCCCCCCAGUCCUUCAGACAUAUUGAGAGGAGGAUACACUAGGAUGCUGUGAUUCAAAUCUGUAAGGAUCAGGCAGUAUGACUAGAUUUGUGUAAGAUAAGAGUGGUGAAGAUGAGGGCAAGGUAGAGAACUCGCCCUGUCUGAAAUGCUACCAUGUAGAAAGUGGUAAGAUUAUCACCAAUUUUGAGUUUUGUUUUGAGGGGGAAAAAUGCAGUGAUUUUUUUUUUUAUAUUUAGGGUAUAUGUAUAUACAGUCCAUAUGUACAUGAAUUGUGUCUAGUCCACAUCCAUAGGAGUAUUGUCAGUUGGCAACUACAGUACAAGCCAUCCAUUUAUCAUCUCUGCCAGGAGUAUUCAUUUAGCCAUGUUUUGUAAAUGGUUCUCUGUAAAGCUGGAAAAAUGGCUAUGAUGUUGAUGUUAAAAGAUCAAAUCAUGGGAAUAAUUCAUAUUUGCUACAAAGUCUCAAGUUUUGGUUUUUUUUUUUUUAAUUUCCAUACUUCAAAUUUUGUUCUGUAAAAAAGUUCUACCUCUCAACUGCCAUGGUCCCUUGGUUCUCCUUUAAACACCAUUCUAGGAUUUUUCUUCUGAUCAUAUUCCCUCAAAAAUAAAUAAAAUCAAAUCCCUUCUUAUUACUCAACACUUAGGGGUGAUUAUAUCCCUAAGUAAUCUUCAUAAUCACCAGUGAAUCCACACAGACAAUAUAGAAGCUGACUUUUGCUAUAAUGUGAAUUUCCACUGUUUUAUCCCAUAGAAUCAUCAUUUAAAGAUUAAAAAAAAAAAAAAAACCUUUUUAAAACUUUAUGUAAUGUAUGGUGAAGAAGUAUUUUCUUGGGGCCCAGAGGUGGCACGCCUGGUUGAACACACGUUACAGUGCUUAAGGACCCAGGUUCAAGACCCUGGUCCCCACCUGCAAAGGGAAAAGCUUCACAAGUGGUGAUGUAGUGCUACACAUAUCUGUCUUUAUUCCUUGCUAUCUUCCCUCAUCCCCCUCGACUUCUGUCUCUAUCAAUUAGAGUUAAAAAAGAAAAAGAGGGGAGUCGGGCUGUAGUGCAGCGGGUUAAGUGCAGGUGGCGCAAAGCACAAGGACCAGCAUAAGGAUCCCGGUUCGAGCCCCGGCUCCCCACCUGCAGGGGAGUCGCUUCACAGGUGGUGAAGCAGGUCUGCAGGUGUCUAUCUUUCUCUCCUCCUCUCUGUCUUCCCCUCCUCUCUCCAUUUCUCUCUGUCCUAUCCAACAACGACAACAACAAUAACUACAACAAUAAAACAAGGGCAACGAAAGGGAAUAAAUAAAUAAAAUAAAUAUUUUAAAAAAAGAAAAAGAGGUAACUUUCUUUUAAAAAAAGUUUUAUUGUUCAUUUUUAUUAGAUAGAGUCAAAGAAGAAUCUAGAGGGAAAAGGGAAGACAAAGAUAGACAUCUCUAGCACUGCUUUAUUGCUCAUGAAACGUUACCCCUGCAGAUGGGGACUCAAACCUGGCUCCUUGUGUUGUAACGUGUGUACUCUACUAUAUACCACCACCUGGCCCCUCUUGGUUUCUAAAUAAAAAAAAAGAAAGAAA